CCACAUGUGAGAUAUCCCCCCUGGGAACCCCAAGAGGCUCCAGGACGCCACAGGUGGUGUCCAGGAGGCCACAGGAUGAGAGGACACGGAGUCAGGAACUGCCAGGGGGUCUUUACACGACGGCAACCCCAGAGCCCACUCGAAAUGAUCAAGCGGACCCAAGCCGCAGAGCACAGAACUCUGCAGAAAACUAUGCAAACAAUCCCUCACUCCAACUACGCCUGGAUUCGCGGUAUAUUCGCAGAGAAACUCGCGCGCGCGCCAGUUUGACCAAUCAAAUUGUGGUCGCCCUGGCCGCAUGCUUCAAAUGCGCCAGACCCGCCAUCAAAAUGGCAGAGUCUGAGGCCGAGCUGGACGGGCUUACAUAGCGAAAAGAAGCAGCUCACUUCUUCUUCCAGCCUCCGCCUCGAAAUAUGGACUCGCCCAUCGUCCUCGCGGCGAGCCGAGGGGCGGCCGCGAGCGGCCCAGGCCGAGGGGGCGGCGGGCGGCGCCGGCUCGAGGCCUCCACGCCCCCGGAUGGGAGCAGAGCAUUGGGCGCCCGAGUUAUCCGGGGUAACUCGGGUCCGGGGUAACUCGGGCUUGGAUUCCCGAAAAAGGAACCCGAGUUAGCCCUGUCCCGAAUUAUCCCUGAUGAUUUGGGGCUCUGGACAGCAGAGCAGAGCAGCGGCCCGUAGGGAGGCGGCGCGGGUCCUCCUCCCCGGCAUUGCGCCGGGCCGGAAAAUUGAUCAGCGUGGUGUGAAACAAAUCGAUCAUCGGGGAGACUGGUGUGAAACAGAUCGAUCAGUGUGGUGUGAAACAUCUAGGAACAUUACGGGCGGGCAAGACAACACAAACCAGCCUGGGCGUGCCACGGGGUACGGCCAGACCCUCCAAGGAGGGAAGGGCAAUACCCACGGGCAUACCCACGCCAACCUGUGUUCUCCUCAAGGAGCCCGGCAGGGAGGAAGAGGAGGAGGGAAGGGAGGACGACGACGACACGAACGAACGAGGAGAGGAGGAGAAGCACGACCACCGCCCUCUCGCCGCACAGUAUCAUCAGCAGCCGCACCAGCAUCUCGUACAAACUCUCGACCGAGGAGAGCAUGCCCACUAAUGGGAGGAGCGUGCGUUCCUCAGGAUGCGUCGGUAGCCGCAGGAGAAUUAAAGCGUCGUGCCUCGGGUGCGGGAUUAAAUCAAUUCGCUCCCACUUGGGAUGCAAUGCGAAACGCUAAGGGAACGUCACUGGGGGAACCGCGGGGCGGAUGCCGGGGGAACCGCCCGGGGCGUGCCCCACUGCCCGGCCCUUUAAGCAAACAGAGUAAGAACCCUUCUAGGCAGAGCCUAGGUAGGGAACAACCGCUUCUUCGUUGGAGGGGAAAAGUGGCACUACGGGCUCUACAUCAGGAAGUACGGCUCGUCGGUGACCACCGUCAGGCGCACCAACACGUGGGAGAUACGCCGCGGGCCAGGGCAUGCAGAAGACCAUGCAUCGGCAUCACCAUCCUCAUGCCAAGGAUCUCGUCCCAGUCGGUGCCGACCGCAAAGACCUCCAUCAUCGACAAGAUCCUUAUGAUGUCCAUCGUGAUCCUCGUCGCCACUGGGGUCGUCCGGGUCGUCCCCAUCAUGUCCUCCGAGCUGCUGUGUUGGCACUAUGAAGGGAAAUGCGCAAUGCAAGGCGCAUCUGGACUUCCGAUGGCCACGAUCCACAACUACGUAGCCAUCCAGGUUUCGCAUCAGGUAGUGGACGUGCUGGCUAGCCGCCUUCUAGAGGCCCUCGCCAUGCUACUGCUCCAACAAUUUGGAGCACCUUGUUGACGUACGUGUUCAGCCUGACACUGCAGCGCCGUCCAGCCGCCAGCUGCACGUACACCAGGGCCAGCCGAGCCGCGGAGACCAUCGGCCGCGGGAAUGGAGACGCAGCCGCGCGGGAAGGAGGAGGAGCCAGUGGCCCCUCGGACCAGCAAGUACUAGACCCACUAUGGCU